ACAAUGGGGAGUACGGGACACUUGUCAAAUGGGAAAUUAAAUUUAAAUUUAUUACGUGAUUAUUAUCGCCGUGAACUGUUAGAACUUUUAGACAAAUGCUUGGGGUCAAAGGCACUUGUAUGGGAUGACGCACUCACUGGACCCUUUGGCUUAAUAGCCGAGUACUCACUUUUAAAGGAACAUGAAGUUGAGAAGAUGUUUCCAUUGUCAGACAAGGGCCUCCCUCCCAGUAAUGUGCAGAAUAUCAUCUUUGUCACCAGGCCCAAGCUCCAGCUUAUGGAACAGAUUGCUCAGAAUUUACUGCAAGAAGAGCACAAAGGGGGAUUUAGGAAAGAAUAUCACAUCAUAUUUGUACCCAGGAAGAGCUUGCUUUGUGAGAAAAAACUGAAG